GGAAAUAACAACAAUCAUUUACAAUUGUUACAAGUCAUUAUAGUAUUAAUAAAAAUUUGUACAAUGACAAUGACGACGAGUAGUACACUGGGGUCACCUAUUCCUUUGUCGGAAAUAGAAUCCGUGCUGGCAUGGGUCGACACUUUCAAGUUGUCGAGACCUACUAAAAAGAUAAACAGAGAUUUUGCUGAUGCAGUACUUCUAGCCGAAAUUCUUAGCGUAAACUAUCCAAAACUGGUGGAAAUGCACAACUACCCUCCCAGGAACAGUCACGCGCUCAAGCUCAACAACUGGAUGACAUUAAACAGGAAGGUGCUCAAGAAAUUAAAGCUCAAUCUUUGCGCCCAUACCAUGGAACAACUCGCUAACAGUGUGCCGGGUGUUAUUGAAAGAGUACUUGUCAUGGUACGUGACAAAAUAAAACGCGAUGAAGAGGCAGAAAAGGCAAACAAAGAAGGGGAGCAGAAUAUGUCCAGUGGCGGAAGUUACUACGAAGCUUGCGGAGACGACGAACAUGUGUUAGUGGUGCCUGUGAAGAUGCGAGUAAACGGGGUAUUGGAGACCGUACAACAGAAGGUGGUUAACUACGAGGCCUAUACCAACAUCAAACAGGAGUUAAAAGAUUCUAAAGAGACCGCAGAAAUGCUCAGACAGAAGGUGGGCCAUCUUGACGACUUAAUAAAACUGAAAGACGAGAGAAUCAAUGAAUUACAAAAGCAACUGGACAGGAAACAAUUAAGGCGUAAAGAUUCUGAAGGAGUUGUCUCAAACAGCAACUCUACCUCCAACCUGCCGUUUGAAGUAUUACCCUCACCGAUCAUUGACUUAAUCCCAAACAACGCUUCUAGUAAACAAAUUAUUAAACGUAGUGACAGCAAACAACUUGACAUUAAAAAGUCUGAUGAUAAACAAUUUGAUAUAAAACAAUCUGACAGUAAACAAUUUGAUAUAAAACAAUCUGACAGUAAGCAAUUUGAUAUAAAACAAUCGGAUAGUACAAAAUUUGAUAUAAAACUUUCCGAUAGUAAACAAUUUGUAAUUAAACAAUCUGAUAGUAAACUAUUAGCCAAUAAACAAUCUGAUAUUAAACAAUUUGACAUUAAACAAUCUGAUAGUAAACAAUUUGACAUUAAACAAUCUGACAGUAAACAAAAUGACAUUGAACUAACUGAUAUCAAACAAAUUGAUUUUAAACAAAUAGACAUUAUUAAACUAGUUGACUCUAAACCCAUAGAAGAAGGCAAAGAAUAUAAAGAUUUCAAAGAAAUUAUAGAAACAUUUGAGAUUAAAGAAGAAACCAAAGAUAUAAAAGAUUCCAAAUUGCCAUCUUUGAAAAAUUCUAGGAGCAAGUUGUUUUCGAAAGCUUCAUAUCAUCAAAUACAAAGCAAAUUGGCUAUGGACGUGGAUGAUAUGACGAUUGAUAUUGAUAGAAUUAAAUCUGAUGUUUUUAAAGAAGUUGAAAAUACUCCUGAUAUUGAAGGGGUGCAAGACGAAGUGUUCAAGGAUAGUGAACCGGGGAUAAUCACAGAAGUGCAAAUUGGAAUGCCUUCAUUGCCGACUACGAUAGAGGAUGCAAUACAAAAAGAGGUGAUAGAACUGUGUAAGCCAAUAGAAAGAAGUAUGGAUAACUACAUGAACUAGUGAAUACUUUAAACAGACAUGUUUGAUGGUAUGCCUAUAUUGCUUAUGUUUCUCGAAGUGAUUAUGAGUUUUGAUCUCGCCGUUCGUGAUUUAUCACCCAGAUUUGAUCAGAAUUACAAAGUAACUCGAACACUGUAUAACAUUACUUCAGUGCUAGGUAAAUAAAAAAAUACUAAAAUAACUUAUCUAAGUCUUGCUUCUAGGAACCAUCACCUGUAAAUAUUGUUUGUCUUUAUUUGACGCGUACGUUUUAGGAAAUUUUCUGGUCUAUAUAGCGGUAGUAGAAUUGAGACGUGUAUUAAAAUAUUUUUAUUAGUUUUUAGAAUGUUGCGAUCGAUUUAGAAUAAAAGAGUA